AUGACCCAGGAGACGGGGCGGCGGCCUUCCGGGGAACGCCAGGGGAACAAGAAACCCUCCGACACCUCCGCCCCCUCCCGCACCAGCAGCCUCCUGCCUAGUCCCGUCGUGUGUGGUGACGAGCCCAGCUUCGUCGCCCUCUUCCACAACGGCAGCUCCAAGCGCCUUGCCGACGGCUACGACAACAACACCCUCAAGUAUAACGGUACGGCCAGACAGCAGGAGAACGGCGGCGGUCGCCUGGGCCUGGUGAACGGCGAACGGUCGUCGGAUUCCGAGGACUCUGGCGCCACUUCGGGUGCCACGAGCCGGAAGGAGGCAAGUCCCGGCUACGAGGAGAGUUCUGGGUCCGAGCAGAGCAGCAACCCGCCGCUGUCAGAGGAUACCCGGGGUGAUGAUGACAUAGACCCAGCUCCCGCCCCGAGAAGAAUCAGGGCGUCUCUCCCCAGAUCACAGACGACGCCCGUCUUGAACGGUGACCACACCCUGGAUGACACCCUCAGGCCGCUGACCCACUAUGGUCGUACUAGUGAAAAACGGACACACAAGUCAUUGAGCAAAAGCUUACAGAGCCCCGAGAGUGGCUACAAGUCGUUGCCGUCGUCAAUAUUGGACUACAGGCUUAGGAGCUACUCGUCCUCCAACAUCUCUGCUAAUGUCAGUAACAGCACUUGCGGAUCAACAUUACUGGAUGGCCAGGCGCAACUAAGAACCAAAGAGAACUGUCUCCAGCACGCUAGACCACAAGACAAGAACAGUGGACGGACGCUGUACCAGUGUGGGGGCAGCAGCAGUGUGGGCAGCCUCAGUCGCUUGACGGGACUCAGCCCUGCCACCAGCGGGACCUCCACACCUGUUAGGUUUGUGUCUCCCUCACGGAGUGACGGUCACGCUGUCUCGAAGGGGUCCUCUGCCACCACUCCCAACAGUACCCCCGCCACCACCCCCGGGGGUACGCCCAAACGCCCAGAUGGUCUUCGGCAUCCCAGCGGCCACGUUAGCCAAAGGUCGCUGCCUCAUAGCUACCGCAGCCGCUCGGCCUACAGCUCUCCUGCUGUGACUCCUGUACCCAAAGAACAAUCUCUGUCAGCCUCAGGCCUGGUGAGAUUAAAAUUUCCAAAAUGCAAGAGGAUGCACCUUGGUCCUACUAAUGGCAAGGAAGAGUAUCGCAUGUCCUUACAUGAUGAAAACAUGUUCCCUAACAGAAACUAG